AUGCUUUGGGCCGUUAUCCUCGUGCUCUUAUCAGCGACGACCGAGCUGGCCACUUGUCAUGGCCCCUCGCCAAGGAACGGGUCUGACGUAAGCAGCAACGCUGCCUACAUCUCCGUAGCAUAUUAUGUCAACUGGGCUAUUUACGACAGAAAGUUCAACCCGCAAGAUCUUCCAGCUGACAAGUUGACGCAUGUGCUCUAUGCUUUUGCCAAUAUUUCACCUAACACAGGCGGGGUAUACUUGUCCGAUAUCUGGGCAGAUACAGAGAUUCGCCUCUCUGGUGACUCCCGGAACCAGACUGGGCUCAACCUCUAUGGCUGCUUCGAGCAAUUCUAUCUCCUCAAGAAAGCGAACCGAAACCUUAAGGUCCUACUUUCAAUAGGAGGUUCCAGUUACUCCUCGAACUUUGCUGCCCCAGCAUCCACUAGUUCAGGUCGUUCGACAUUUGCCUCAACCGCCGUCUCGCUCGUUGCAAACCUCGGCCUUGAUGGCCUGGAUAUUAAUUGGGAAAAUAUAGCAAGUGAUGCAGAGGCAGCGAAUAUGGUUUUGCUUCUCCAGGCUGUCAGGGAAGCUCUUGACACUUACGGAAACUCGCUGAGCGUGCCAUAUAAUUUUACGCUUACAGUGGCCUCUCCUGCGGGACCUUCAAACUAUCAAGCUCUGCAUCUUACCGACAUGGACCAGUAUAUUGAUUUUUGGAAUCUCAUGGCCUACGAUUAUGCUGGAAGCUGGAGUACAUUGGCUGCUAAUCAAGCAAAUCUCUUCUCUUCUGGAAGCAACGCGGCCACUACUCCAUUUGACACACGGACGGCAAUUGAUCACUAUACCUCACAGGGAAUUGCAGCAAACAAGAUCGUGCUUGGCAUGCCCGUUUAUGGUCGGUCUUUUGAGGCUACUGAGGGUCUUGGGAAACCAUUUAAUGGUGUGGGAAAUGGCACUUGGGAGGCUGGAGUUUAUGACUUCAAGUCGCUGCCACUCAGUGGGGCUAUAGAGUUUAACGACAACACAACGGGAUCCAGCUAUAGCUAUGAUUGUACAAAGGCAGAAUUGGUCAGUUAUGACACUGUGCUAGUGGCAAAGCAGAAGGCAGCUUGGAUCCAGCGGAUGGGACUAGGUGGCGCGAUGUGGUGGGAAAGCAGCGCGGAUGGAAUGGGCAAUAAUAGCUUGAUUCUGAACGCCGUUGAGGUUCUUGGUGGGGUUAAUGGUUCUGGCCUUCGGAGUUCCCCAAAUCAACUGCUUUACCCAAAUAGUACCUACGAUAAUCUUCGAGCUGGAAUGCCGGGCUCCAGCUCUGUUCGUACAAUGCUAACCUCUACCGGCAAGACGUCCAAAGCAUGUACAUGUGUCUCCUUAUCGACAUCUGGCACACUUGCUGCUUUCUUGCCAUCAAGGGAGGUACCGACGAGCUAUGUUACUUCGGGCCCUAAUUCAGCUUCGACUCCAACAGUGGCAACAAGCGGUACAACGGAGAGCACUGCCAUCGCCAUUAACAGCGAAUCCACGUCAAGCACGACAGGGUCUUCAUUCUCUUCAGAAGUCACCUCAACCACCAUGACAGCAGUGGCUUCUGACAAAUCUCGUCAAAGCAGUACGACGACUACUCUCAUCGUCCCUGGAAAGAAUGGCGUGGCGGGCUGCGCUUACGUUGUGGCCAGUGAAUUGGGUGCUGGCGCUAUGUGCUCGUCAGACUAUUGCAACUGUGGCGGCACCGUUGCUCCUCUACUCACAUCGUCUGUCUCAGGCACAUUGACUACCAACUGCAACUACGGGACACAACCAGCAGUCAACUCUUGCCCACCGCCCGUCACCCUGGCCACGGUAACCGAAGUUGUUGUCGUUACUUGUACGACAUUGAAGCCUGCUCCAGGGAGCUGCAGAGUGGUCACGACACUUUCGUCGUGAACAAUAUUUAAAGCUCACUCUAAUCCAGUCCAGCAUUACUACUUGAAUUUUUCUGUCAACUGCAUUAUCCAGCUAAGCGACCCCUCUUCUCUACCAGCUGCACGGCCGCUCGUAUUCUAGUUUAC